AUGAUUUCACAUACAAAAAGUAGUUUUAUUAAAUCAUGGGAAGAAUUUCAAGAUGUUUAUAAUACAGCAAAUAAUGAUGAUACAUUAAAACAAUCAAAACAAUAUGAAGAAGCACAAAAAAUUUAUGAUGAAAUUAAUAAAGCUCAUCAAGAAGAUCGUCUUAUCGAUGCUUGUCAACGUGAAAUUGGUCAAUUAACAACGAGGAUCAAUGAAUUAACACAAUUAUAUAUGGCUAAUCAAAUAACCAAUGCACCAACAGUUGAAUUAGGACAAGCUGUUGGAUGA